AUGAUUUGUAGUGAUAUUUGGCAUAAAUACCACGAGUCAUUCAAAAUUGUUGUACGUAAUUUCUUUGGUGCCCUGCGACUGAUCCAAGCUGUGCUGCCAGGCAUGAAAGCGAGGCAGAAUGGGUGCAUCAUUAACAACAGCAGUCACGGUGGUAUUGCUUCAAUGCCCUUUAUUGAGAUUUACUGUGUUUCAAAGUUCGCAGUGGAAGGCCUCACUGAGGUGAUGGCGUCCUUAAUGCUUCAUUUUAAUAUCAGGUACUAAAUGUACGUUUACUUGACCACAGAAUUACCCUUGGAAAAAAUCGUUAAUCGGCAAAUAAGGUGCAUUGUGGGAAAUGUGGAGGUGACGAAUGCCGAGAGGGCCCCCUAGCUGUCAAGUGGUACGAUCAGUCGUACGGGUCGUCGGGGGGAGGGAUGUCAAGUGGUACGACUCACACGAGUCGUAGCAUGUGCAUCUCAUUAGUGAUAUUAUACAUUUGUACGUAAUUAAUUGUUCUCUGAAAUUUUGGAACUUUUGUGAAAAACAUACUGCUUCUACUUGUUUGAAACGAGUAUCUACCUACGCCCCACCUGGAGACCAGCUUUCGUUGUGUGUGGUUAGCGUAGUAAAAUAAAUGUGAUGAUUUGUUGAUUGAUUGAUACUUCCAAUUUUUGAGCAAAGUUGUCGAUCGUUCUACAUCCCUUUUUCUGCAUCCUGUCUUGAUUAAGGGGUGCAGAGACUACCUCUGCGAGGUUGCGUGAUGCCUAAUGCAGCUUUUAAACAAGUUGAACUUCUUGAAAUAAUAUCCAAACUGCGUGAUUGGGGAACUGGUUGGCUAUCAGGCUCAUUUUUGCUGUUGCUAUCGAGCAAAAAGUCAUGUGUAAUUGUGAGGUGAUUAUUGCAAAUGGCCAUGGGAAACAACUUAAUUUUGGCAAAUUGUAUAAAUGUUCCAACAAUGAUCAUCUAAUCUCUUCCUCGGUCCAUCGCACACCACACACAAAGAAACUGUCUCUGGUCCCCGCGACAGAAACCACUGUUCCUCCAUACAGCAAGGUCGGGGAAAGCGGAGUUUUCUUCUUGUGACUAUCCAAUAAUAUUGCCAAAAUAAUUUAUGCAGUUAUCUUUCAUUGGCUGGCAGGUGUGCUAUCCUGGAAUCAGGUCCCGUGACAUCAUCAAUAAUAGGCAAUGUGGAAGCCUGGACAAAAAAGUAUGACAGGUCAACCACUGAUACGAAGACCACAGAAAUAUUUCAGACCUUUGAACAAAGGUUUUAUACGGCAUUUGACGAGAACAUGGUACAAAGCGGAAGUGAAGUCGCAGAGAUUGUGAAAAAUAUCAUACUCAGCGAGAAUCCAAACCUACGAUACCACACAAAUAAGAAGUUUAAUCCGGAACAAGUAAAGGCCAAACUUUCUGAUCCCACUGGUAAUGUUCUGCUUGAUUUGAUGAACAAAACUUACCUUGCUAAGGAAUAA